UAGGGCGGCCGCAGCAGCAGCAAGUGUUUGUCCGGACGAAGUCCGCGCCGGCGGGCACUUGUCGCGGCAGCUGCGCAGCGGGCACACACGCGCUAACCAGGUCUUUGUUAAUAGUAGCUGCAAAAACAAAGAUUGCAGAUUAUCGACUUUGCCUGUUGAUAGUGCAGAAAUGGGAGGCCGUGCGCAGAGCGGAGCCGCGCCGCCGCCCCCGCCGCUUCCAGGACGAGUCUCCGCUGGAGCUGCUCCGCCUGCCCUGCGACCAGCCCGGCCAGCAGCCGCAGCCGCUGCCAGCGCGCUCUCCGCCGAUGCCGUUCUCGCCGCAGCGCCACCUCGGAGGGCCGUGCACAAGUGCGCGGGACAGCCCGCCGUGGCGCCGCAACACGCACGUCCUAGUUGAACUCAGGACUUCCGGAAGCGGACUUGUGAUUGCAC